AUGUUGAUGGUGGCUGGUCAUCCGCGCUGCCCCGGGGAUGUUUCCGUGUGGCGGUGGGAUCGGAAGGAAGCGCUGAAUGGCUUCCCUUGCUCGGCUGUAGCUGGUGUUCAGAAGGGUCUGGACUCUGACACCUUGCCAGGCGGUGGGGCCCUGGCACGGGCAGACCUCGCGGCGGUCUGGUUCAUCGCCGCCCGGUGUCUCCGCAGGUGCCGGUACCUGGCGGUGCAGCUGUCCCCAGCCAUCCCCGUGUUCGCCGCAGUCCUCUUCCUGUUCGCCAUGGCCACGCUCCUGCGGACGAGCUUCAGCGAUCCCGGGGUGAUUCCGAGAGCCCUGCCCGACGAGGCAGCCUUCAUCGAGAUGGAGAUUGGUGAGUGCCGGUACCUGGCGGUGCAGCUGUCCCCAGCCAUCCCCGUGUUCGCCGCAGUCCUCUUCCUGUUCGCCAUGGCCACGCUCCUGCGGACGAGCUUCAGCGAUCCCGGGGUGAUUCCGAGAGCCCUGCCCGACGAGGCAGCCUUCAUCGAGAUGGAGAUUGAGGCCACCAACGGGACCGUGCCGCAGGGUCAGCGCCCGCCCCCACGGAUUAAAAACUUCCAGAUCAACAACCAGAUCGUGAAGCUGAAGUAUUGCUACACGUGUAAGAUCUUCCGUCCGCCCCGUGCCUCUCACUGCAGCAUCUGCGACAACUGUGUGGAGCGCUUCGACCAUCACUGUCCCUGGGUGGGCAACUGCGUGGGGAAGAGGAACUACCGCUAUUUCUACCUCUUCAUCCUCUCGCUCUCACUCCUCACCAUCUACAUCUUCACCUUCAACAUAGUCUACGUAGCACUGAAAUCUCUGAAGAUUGGGUUUCUGAACACGUUGAAGGAAACCCCAGGGACUGUACUGGAGGUGCUCAUCUGUUUCUUCACCCUGUGGUCAGUGGUGGGGUUAACUGGGUUCCACACCUUCCUGGUGGCACUGAAUCAGACAACCAACGAAGAUAUUAAGGGGUCCUGGACCGGGAAGAACCGUGUGCAGAAUCCCUACAGCCAUGGCAACAUAGUGAAGAACUGCUGCGAGGUGCUCUGUGGGCCUCUGCCCCCCAGCGUCUUGGACAGACGGGGCAUCUUGCAGCAGGAGGAGAGCACAGCUCAGGAGGAGUCGUGCCCACAGGGGCCCCGCGCUCCCGAGCCCGCUGCUGCUCGGGGCACGGGCGGGCAGGCGGAGGAGAGCAGCACGCAGCAGGAUGGCAGCCUUCCUCCCCCGAGCGCU